UCCCCACACUUCAACCUCGGCUUGACAGCUCCAACAAGCUGUUGGCCCGACCUCGCUGCCUUCGGCAACGUGCCAUUCAUUAAUAUGUGAUACUUAAUUAGCCGCCUCGUCCUCGUCUCAUCGUCGACCUCUGCUCCUCCACCUCAAUUCAAUUAAAUCACGCCAACAACAAUAGCCCCUACCGCAGCAAACAUGCCUGAUCCUGGAGUUGGCUUCGAGUACCCGCCCGUCGAGGUGACAUGGCUCAAGAGAGACGUCCUACUCUUCGCCAACACCAUUGGCGCGACGGCCGAUGAGCUUCACUUCCUCUACGAACUUCACCCCGACUUUGCCGUCUUCCCGACCUACCCAAUCAUCCUCCCUUUCAAGAAGGACUCCAGCGAGGUCGUCGACUUCUAUGCCGCCCAGAAAGCCGUCAAGAUCCCGAAUGUGCCCGACUUUGACUCUCGGCGCGUGGUGGACGGGCAGCGCAAGAUGGAGUUCCUGAAGCCCCUCCCCGUCACCUCGGAGAACCGCAAGUUUGAGAUCCGCACAAAGGUGCUCGGCGUCUACGACAAGGGCCGUCCCGGCUCCGUCGUCGAGACACAGACAGAUCUCGUGGACGUCCAGAGUGGCGAGGUCUACUCCCGCAUGAUCGGCUCGGCCUUCUUCAUCGCCCAAGGCAACUGGGGCGGCCCCAAGGGCCCUGCCACCGAGAACUUCCCGCCACCCAAGGGCAAGGCCCCGGACGCGACCCUGGAGCACCAGACAACGCCCGAGUCGGCGCUGCUGUACCGUCUCAAUGGCGACUACAACCCGCUCCACGCCACCCCCGAGCCAGGGAAGAAGAUGGGCUUUGGUGGUGCCAUUAUGCACGGUCUCUACUCGUGGAACACGACGUCGCACUUGCUGCUCAAGAAGUUUGGCGCCGGUGACCCGUCCAACAUCAAGGAGUACCAGGCUCGUUUCGCGAGCCCCGUCAAGCCGGGCGACAAGCUCGUGACGCAGGUCUGGAGGACAGGCGAGAAGAAGGGGGACUUUGAGGAGAUUCGGUUUGUGACGCAGGUCGAGGGGGGCAAGGCAUGUUUGACGAACGGACGCGCGCUGAUUAGAGUCGUUGCGGAGUCCAAGAGCAAGCUGUAGGCUGUUGAGCGACGCAAAUAUGUUUCCAUGUUGCUUUAAUCUACUGAAUUGAGAGCAUGCUAUUGAUGAAA